GACGUAGCACAUGCGUGCGGAGAGAAAAAAUUCUUGGUUUGACGUCAGUGCACUUGUUCCCACCCACCGCUUUUGCUCCUCGUCGCCUCCACUGCACCGGUUACGCGAUCGUCUCUGAGCCACCUCUCUCUCGUUCGUGCGCCGCCAUGGGCUUCGGCGUCCUCCAGCUGAUGGACUUCAUCGCGCGCCGCGCGUUCCUCGGCGCCGGCCUCCAACCCCACACCAUCUCUCUCCCCGCCGCCACCUCUUCCGAUACGGGCGGCGUCAGCGGCGGCGCAUCAGGGCAGCGCGACAUCCACAUCCACUACUGGGCGCCGCCGGGGGAGCCACGGCUGCCUCCGCUGCUGCUCAUCCACGGAUUCGGGCCCAUGGCUACCUGGCAGUGGCGCCGGCAGGUGGGCCCGCUGUCCCGCCACUUCCACGUCGUCGUCCCGGACCUCCUCUGCUUCGGCGCCUCCUCCUGGUGCGUCUCCCCGGGCGGCCCGGCGCCGUCCGAGUCCGCACAGGCCGCCGCGCUCGCUGCGCUGCUGGACGCGCUCCCGGGCCUCGCGGCGGGCGCCCGCGUCGCCGUCGCCGGCACCAGCUACGGCGGGUUCGUGGCCUACGCCCUGGCGCGCGCUGCGGGGGCCGGCAGGGUCGGCCCCGUGGUGAUAUCCAACUCCGACCUGCUGAAGACGGCCGACGACGACAGGGCGCUCCUCCAGCGCGCCGGCCCUGGCUUCGCGCGCACCGCCGACCUGCUCAUGCCGCUGGACGCGCGCCGCGCGCGGCGGCUCAUGGAGGUGUCCUUCUACCGGAGGCAGGCCAUCACCUUGCUGCCGGACUUCGUGAUCGGACAGGCCGUGCAGCAACUUUUCACGGAUAAAAGGGAGGAGAAGAUUGAACUGUUGAAAGCAAUCACUGUCGGCACCGACGAGUUCCAGCUGACACCCUUGCCUCAGGACGUUUUGCUCAUCUGGGGAGACCACGACCAGAUAUUUCCCUUGGAAAAGGCAUUUGCCGUCAAGAGGUGCUUAGGAGAGAAUGUCACGUUGGAAAUCGUCGAGAAAGCAGGCCACGUGCCUCAGAUGGAGGACCCGGAUCGGUUCAACAAGGUCGUCUUGGAUUUCUUACUUGCAUCACAAAAGCCUUCUUCGACUCGCCAUGCUCGGUAGCUGUUCAAAACGGUCGAGUCGGUUCAGUUUGGGGUCUGGGCCGACUCGCCAGAAUCGGUAGUAUCAGCAUGGAGCAUGUUGAGAAUCUGACCCCGGGGAGUCACAGAAAUUCUAUGGAGACGCUUCGAGAACGAGAAGUUGUUCUUCAGUCUUGUAAAUUAAAUGAUACUCUACGCGUUGCUGUAAAAACUGGUAUGUUACACUACUACCGUAUUUUUAAAUGCGGCGGACAAAAACGAUUAACCGUGACAGCCAGACUCGAUCGAAUGUCAUGGUUAAUCGUGGCGUUAAUCGAGAUGAUUGUCCUAAUUUGACCGCCUCCUUUAAAAGAAUAAUGAGACGGUUUCGUUAAGGCAACCGUCUCUUUUAAAGGAAUAACUGAGAUGGUUGCCCUAA